GAUUGCACAAAAAUAUUUUGGGUGUUUGAUUGUUGCUGACAUGUUUUAGACUAUAAAUACAAAACUGUAGAAUAUUUUGACGAGGCACGAGUUUUAAGCCUGAGUAUAGUUGUUUGUAAAUUUAUGAACUUUUUGUUUAGCGGUAAAUCAAAACUGUAUUAAAGGAGCAAAAUAUUGAAUCCGAACCAUAAUCAUGAAGGUUUAGAGUUAGACUAUGGUUUGGAUGUUGUUAGUAAAUUAUGUUCACUUUAUACUAAAACCCCUAUAAAAGGACACGCUGCAAGUUUGUUGCCAGUGAGUUGCCCCAAACUUCCGAGUCCGUACCGCAGGUGUGAUUCAAAGAUUGCGUGAUAUCCAAUUUUUGCUACUCUGGUUAUGUUUCAUUACAUGAAAGAUUGAAAGAGAAGUUUGUUCUAAGUAAGUCAAAUUGCAAUGCCAAAUAAUGUGGACGAAAGAGACUUUUAUUGCACAUUAUGUUUUGAUGUCUUUUUCUAUCCAGUUACAUUGCCCUGUAAACAUCGUUUCUGCAAAGAUUGCUUUGACAAUCAUGUCAAAUGUAAUAGUUUUACUUGCCCGCUCUGUAGAGCAAGAUUGUCCAACUGGAUACGGAAACUUAAUCAGACUAAUGCAAACAUAGUGGAUAGCAAGUUUUGGGAAACUGUUCAGAAGAUAUACCCAAAAGAAGUUGAGAAGAGGAGAAAUGGUGAUGUAGAUGGAGAGUUAUCAUCAGCGUUAAUAAAUGCUGAUAAAGCCAAGAAAGAUUCGGCAGAAAAGCUCCAUAAACAUUUUCAAGAUAAUAAAAUCAAUUGGAAAUCAGACUGGCGAGGAUGGGAGGGCCCUGUCUCGACAGCAUGCAGAGAUUUGAUUAAACAGGUUGUGGAGCAAACUGCAACAGGCAAACAAAGAUCACCACGAAGAAAUGAUGUUCCCAAAUUACGUCUUGCUGCUCCUGGAGAAAUACGUCUGGAAUAUGAGGAUUUUCUUCGCAAACAGGAAGAGGAACAAAAACGACGUGAAGAUGAGAGUUUCAGACUGAGUCAACCUCUUAUAAAGAUGAUUGAGGAGCAUGAAAAAAGAGAAGAAGAAGAACGAAAGAGAAAGUUAGAAGAACAGCUGUUGGCAGAUGAAGAAUUGGCAAGAAGAUUGUUGGAGGAAGAAACUCAUCCAGUUAAGGAAAAAUCGAGAGAGACUACACCAAAACAAAGAAAAUCUAGGAAACAUGAGGUUACAGUCAGUGACAGAACUGCAUGCACAGACGAGGAGUCAGGUCACUCAGUUGUUCUGGGGGAAUAUGCUACCCCUGGGAGCUCGGUCCAGGUCCACUGUUCCACACCCAAGUGUCUUCGCUCAGAACCAGAUCAAGCAGUACCUGCCCUUUCACCCAUCCCUCUUGACCAGCCAUCGACCUCCAAGGAAGAUAUCUUUGCCAAAUACUACCUGACCUCCACAUCACUCUCUGACCAGAAUCUGAGCCACUUUGCUACAGUGAGACCAGGACCAUCAUCAGCCUUAACCUCAGAGAAAGAGCCAGAGCAGCAGCAACAGCAGCAGCCCGUGUCGAUGUCCCGAUGUUCAAGUGGGGCGGACAGCAUAGGACAGGAAUUGCGUCACUUCAAGCCGAUUCGCAGCUCCCCCACCACCCCACCUAAAGCUGGGAGCAGUUGGCUGCCACAGAUAGUAGUGGCUCAGAGAGGGGUGGGGACGGACCAAUCUCAGGUUGUUGUCACAGAAGUGUUAUCAGCUCUCUGUAACAAUCCUGAUAGUGAUAUCUCACCACAAGAACUGGAAAACUCAAUAUUCUUACAAAAGCAAUUGGAAGCUGAUAGAGAACUGGCACUUGAGCUUCAAAAACAACUAAACUCGGAAAACAAGAGAAAACGAAGUGUUCCAACACAGAAGACUGAUUACAACUUAAGGAAGAGAAAGAAGGGUAAUCUAAGAAAGCAAGUGCUGGUAGACAGGGCUCAGGCUACAUUGGAUAGUAUGCUUAUAAAAUAGUAGUUAGUUACCAGGAAGUUUAGACUGAUGUACAGAACCUUUGUAAAGUGAUAUUAAAUAUAACAGACUAAAUCAAACCAAGAAAUGGAAUGGAUGUUAAUUACAUUGGAAUAAAUAUAAAUAACACAUAGUAGAAUGUUUGGUUCAUUAUAAUACUUUGUGUGUCAACAAUUUAGUUUAUUACAGAUGUAAUUAAAUUUUAUUUACAGCAUUAAUAUCUCGUUGGACUAAUUAUAUCAAUAGAAAGAAACAAUAACCAAUCCUACUGUCUGAAAUGCACAAUACGUGUUUUAUAUUAUUUUUUCCACAGACCAGUAAUUUGGAUAUAAAGUUGUGGUUUUAACAUUUAGCAAAUUUAGGAAAAAUCGUUAUAUUUGCCCUACCUAAUUGGUUUUUGAAAUUGUGAAAUUCCAAAACCAUAAAUCUAAAGUUGGUGUUAGAGAGAAGGAGAACAGUUAAUAAGCCAUACUGCCAGUUACCUGAUUCCUUAUUAUUAUGCAAGGGGGAGUUAUUAAAGGAGGUGGGGGUAAAGUAAAUUGCUGAGGCAUGCUAUCCCUGAACGGGUGGGGGUAGUGACAUGAUCUUCUACACCCAUCUGGCAGUGACACAAUGAAGGUUGCUAUGCCAUGUGUGCAUGCCGAUUGGUAUUGAAGAGCAAGUACUUAGCGUCUGAGCCAUCCCAACCCAUUUAGAACGUUUGGACUAUUUUAGUAAAUGGUAAUACUUCUUGAUUCACAUAAUUUGAACAGAGGUUCCCUCUGGAAUAUGGACAACGAACUUCCUGACCUGAACAACAAAGGUUCUUUCCCAUGACUGGGAUACAUCCUAAACAGAAACUUACUUUAAAAGUUAAAAUUGAUGAGUAACAAUUUAUGUCUUCUCCACUUUGUAAUAAAAGGAACAAUCCUGUCUGCUCCUGGGAUAAAAUGUUUUAGGUACCCUACAUCUAUUUUUUUUUAUUUGAUAAUGUCUUUACAUUUGUCUGCAGUAUAAAUAACCAGCACACUCUGGUGCUCUGCAGUGGAAAACAUGGUAAGAUAUAACAUAGUCGUCAUUCUAUUAAAAUUCUGCUCUGUCUCACAUUUUUAAAUUCUAAUCAGGGGAUUAAGUGUCUAUUGUUUAAGAAGAGAAGUCAGAAAUGUGUUUUCUUGAUGUUAAUAUUCCUCAUCAAGGUCUAAAUGGGUCGUUUUAAUACUCAGUAAACCCUACCAAAAAAUAUUUUUUUCAAGUAAUGUUGUUACCAACAACAUAUAACUACAAUCCGUUCAAAAAUUGGUGCCGAGUGAUUAUUGUAAUCUUAAUGUUUAAGGAUGGUAAUGUUGUAAUCUAUGAUAUAAUGGUUUAAUAUCAUUUUUGUUCAGAAAUUUCAAACUUACUAUAUACCAUAAAUGUAAAGUGAUGAAGUUGUUACUGUUUAUUUUUACUUAUUCUUGUGUUUCAUUAUUAUACAAAACUAUGAAUAUAUAAAUUACAGUAUGAUAAAAUUGAUGUAAAAGAACUUAAUACAAAGAAUAAUCUGUCAAUAAAAUUACAACUAUUUUAUUGAUUAAUCUAAAACUGUAAACUAAUGGAAUAAUACGUUUUAGGAAUUAACGUAAUGCUGGAUACUGUAGCCGUAGGUAAUUAGUUACAAAAUUAUGAUUGUAAGUUUCUUAAAAAUUGAAAAUUAAAAAAAUAUUGUGUAUGAAAUAAACAUCAGUCAGGAUGCUGUCAAUAAAAUGUAAUAUAAUAUCAGAAAUGUGUUAGUUAACACGUUCGCUGCGGCAAGAGCGGCCAAUUAUGUACCCGAUAUGCGGCAAAAUUCUAACUUGCGAUUUUUGUUUAAUUGGCGUUAUUUUGGUUUGAUGCGCUAUAAAAUAAUGAUAUUGUAUUAUAUUACGUUCGUAUGCGUUCGUAAUCAUCCGGACAGUGGUCCGCAUUUUUGGCAUGGCAACAUUUAUGUUAAAAUACCAAAUGUGUUGUGUGAUGUCCAAAAGUAGCAAGAAUACUUCAAUCGACUUUGAUAUGCAUCAGGUUCCGUUGCUAGACAACGCUACUGUCCAGACAGUAGUCCCGCACAUAGCGUAAAACACCCACAGAGCCCGUGGUGAAGAUCGCCGCAGCGUGCUGUCCGCACAGUAAAACAAAUAAAAGUAUUGUUUAAAUGAAUUUACUAAGGAGACAAUACAUACUGUAUACAAAAAAGCAAAAUAUAUGUAUACUAUGUGCAAUCAAAAUAUUAACACCACACAUAUAGAUAAAAUCGCAAUGCCGGUAAAAGAUUACCUUACUUUUAAUUUAGUAGUAAUAACCUAUCCAAUUUGUAAACAAGCCUAGCUGCUAAUACGUCUACUCACGAAAACAAUAACACAAGAGAAAAGAAAUUAGGAACACUUGUUUUAUUGUUUUCCUACUGGUUCAUAAUAGCUACAAACAUGUGAAAUUUCAGCUGUUUCGCUGGCACUGUCGGGACAGAAGGCCCGCAUUUCCAGGACAAACUGACAUAUCAGAAAGUAAGUAUAUUUCAUCUAGAACAAGCUUGAAAAGUUUCAGACAAUUCCCGCAAGAUCGCAGCAAGUGACAAGCGAAACGAAUAAGCAAUGCAUUGUGCGUAUCGGCACUGUCCGGACAGUGGCCCGCAGCGAACGUGUUAAUCAUAAAAAAACUGUUGCAAUGUUAAUUUAAGAUCCAUAAAUAAUCAAUAAUAAUAAUCUCUUAUCUGUAUCAGGAUUAACUCAUAAUGUAGAAUUAAAAGCUCAAUAAUGUUAUGAGUUCCUGCUAGUUCAAUAAUUAGUGCUCCUAUACUAAUUAUUUUUUUUACUAACUACAUACAAGGUGUAACAGUUAAAUAGAGGAAUCAGUGUGAAAAUGCACUAUAUUUAAAAUGUAUUAUGAAAGACAUUUAAUCCAAUCACCUCUUUUGUAAACAAUGCUGCUUUUUCAAAGCAAUGUACAGAUUAUUUGUCAGCCAACAAGUGCACGCAAAGCUACUUUUUAUUCAACCUUUCUUCAGGCUGAAAACGUUUACCCUUUGAAGCACUUGUGACUUUUGGAGACAUGUAGAAGUCAGAGAGCAAGAUUGUGUUUGUUAACUUUUUAAAAGAAAAUUGAGAUGAAUUAAUCAGCUGUUCCAAUUUUGAGACAUUUGUUUAGAUGUUUGUUGUCAUAGUGUCAAGUUUUCUGCUGAGGAAGGGUGAAAUAAUAUUAUUGACAUUCCUCUCCGUAGUUUCCUGACAAGUCAAUCAGAAUAAUGCAAAAAUCUGCUGAAUAAACAAGAACGAAAGAUUUCUUUAUUUUAUUAGAAUCCAACAAUUUCAGAACUUGAAUAAUUAUCUUCCUACUUUUCAGCUUUAUGAAUUCUAAUGUUCUAUAUUAUUAUAGUAGUAUAAAUUUAAAAUAUUUUUUAAACUUACUUUAAUUAUUUUUUGAGUAAAUUGUGCUUCCAAUAAUUUAAAUUGUGUCAUCAAUAAUUUAUAGGUUUUGAUAAAUGUAUGUUUUAUGGUUUUAGAAGUUAUGAUAUUUUAAGUUGAUUAUUCUUAGUAAUUUGAUUAGUCCAUGUUAUUGUUAUAUUUUGUAAGUGAUUAUUUCAUGGUAUGUUACAAUAAUGAGGUACCUAGAGUAAAAAAUGGAAGAAUUAGUGAUAUUAAUAUUUUCCUUUAAGAUAGUACCAAACAUUUCAGAGACUAGUUCUGUUAUAGUAACACACAGGCAGUUAGUUUGUAUCUUUCUGCUCAUCAGCCAGCACUCACUUUAGUCUAAAACACAUGGUCAGGCUAUAAUACGAUAAAAACCUUUUUUUGACUUCCAAAGUAUUAUCCAAACUUUGAUUUUUGGAACCAUCACAAUACUUUCUUCUAUAAAAAAAUAUACAGUAGAACCUCAAUUAACCAUGGUUACACGCUGACAGUCUCCCAGAUAACAAGAUUGUCAGUUAAUAGGAAAAUGGUCAAUGAGGAUGAAAACAAAUAAAGCUUAUAAUUAAACAAUGAAUAAAAUAAAACAGUCAUUUUCAAAAUAAGACUCAGAAAUAAAGGGUACGCCUUAAUUUUCACAAGAAAAUACAAAAUAUAAUGUUAUUACGUCUUCAAAGUAGUGUCACAUUUCUGUCUUGAUUGACAAACUCACCGCGCUUCAGUGGUUUCACGUGAAUGCCACAUUUUUGUGCAGACCAUAUUUCUCUAUUUCAAGCAGCUGUCUCACUAGAUAGAGGAUAAAUCAAUCUAUCUGUUUUUUAUUAUUAUUAUUAAAAUGAUUUUUUUUGUUUUAUUUAGUUGGUAUUUUACCAUACAGAUGAUUUAUAUCAGCUGAUUGUGUGAACGUGGCUGGAUACGAUGUUUGCUGCCAUUUAGAAUGGUUUAGGUUUUCAUUUUAUUCAUUGCAAAGUAUAUCUAUUUUUGUCAUUACAGUUAAUAGUAUGAGUCUAAAAAAAAUUUCAUAGUUUUGUGAGCUGUGUAGGUUUAGCUUAAUUAUGAAAAUUUGUUUCUAUUUAUAAUAUAAAGAAAUAGAUGAAAAGGACAGUAAUGUAAAAGUGUACCUAUAAUUUUAUACACUUAUUCCUGUUACUGUUUUUUGUUUUUCUUUAGCAGACCUUGUGAGUAAACUGAUCUCUUUUUACUGAUUGUAAAAGAUGGUAAGAGAUGGUCAGUUUGUGUUGUUACAUAGUGAAUUGUCAAACAACUAUGAUAUUUACACUGAUUACUAGUUGUGGAAGAAGAAGCUAACUGCUUCAUGCUGUACCCACCAAUACCUUUCACAAACAUUAAAAGUUAAUGUUCCUACUCUAAUAGACAUUUCGGUUAUGAACUGUAUAUAUCAAAUGUGUUACAUUUAUUUAAUAGUUUUUUAAUUACUCGUUGAAUAAGCUAAGGAUAGGCAAAAACCCAUGGGAAAGGUAUAACAGAUAUAAGAACACUGCUCAAGAUGUGGAUGGUUAAUCUAGUCUAAGUUUUAAGAAAUGUAUUUGAUUCUGAAGGAAAUUAAAUUUUUAAUUUAUUUCCAUAAUUACGUAGAUAACCUUGGUCCUACUCAGCCUGAUUGUUAUGUUGUACUGUAAAAUUUUUCAUUAUCAUAAAAAAUAAGUAUACUAUUACUAAUACUAUUUUUAUAAUAUUGUAUAUAAAUAUAAUAUGCUGUGAUGUUGUUUUUUAAUAAAACUUGUUGAUCAUUC